AUGAAUGGAAUACUUGCUGAUGAAAUGGGAUUAGGUAAAACAAUUCAAACAAUUGCACUUCUAGCACAUUUAGCAUGCAAUAAAGGUAUUUGGGGACCUCAUUUAAUAAUAGUUCCUACAAGUAUAUUAAUUAAUUGGGAAAUAGAAUUUAAAAAAUGGUGUCCUGCAUUUAAAAUAAUGACAUAUUAUGGAUCUCCAAAGGAAAGAAAAUAAAAAAGAUAAGGAUGGAGCAAGCUUAAUCAUUUUUAAGUUUGUAUUACUACUUAUAAAAUAGCAUUAUAAGACUAAAAAAUAUUCAGAAGAAAAAAAUGGUAUUUUAUGGUAUUAGAUGAAGCUUAAAAUAUUAAAAAUUUCAAAAGCUAAAGAUGGCAAGUUCUUCUUAAUUUUAACACUAAGCAUCGUUUAUUGCUUACUGGAACUCCCCUUUAAAAUGAUGUUGGUGAAUUAUGGUCUCUUUUACAUUUUCUAAUGCCUAAAACUUUUGAUUCUCAUGCUGACUUUAUGGAAUGGUUUUCUAUACCUAUGUAAUAAGCAUUGUAAAAAAAUUUGCCUAUAAGUUAGGAAAUUUUAACUUAAUUGCAUUCUAUUUUAAGACCUUUCUUAUUAAGAAGAAUGAAAAGAGAUGUCGAAAAAUAACUUCCAACAAAAACUGAAUAUAUAAUAAAAUGUCCAUUAAGUAGAAGAUAAAAAUAUUUAUACGAUGAAUUUAUUAGUCGUGAAUAAUCAAAAAGUUAAGACUUUUUAGGACUAAUGAAUAUUGUUAUGUAAUUAAAAAAAGUUUGCAAUCAUCCUGAUUUAUUUGAAUCUAGAACAAUUGAAAGUCCUUUUAUUUCUUUAAGAAUUCAUUAUGUAGUUUUGGCACAUUUCAUUUGCAAUAUUUAAACUAAAAUUCCUUACUUUUUAAUUUUUAUUAAUAAUGAAGUAAAUAGAUCUAAAUAUAACAUUGAAAAAAUAAAUAAAGCAAGAAUUAAUGGAGAUUUUGUUAUCUAUGGUCGAGACUUAGUUAAUUUUUUAUCUUUAAAAAAAAAGAAAAACCCCUAUUAAGCUCUGAGUCAAUUUAAAAUUUCUUAAACUUUUGAAUAAACAUUUGAUUCAGUAAAAGGUCUUAUUAAAGAAUUCACUUUUUCAUAAAAAGCAAUCGCUUAGUAAAUUGAAAUUGAAAUAACUCCUUAUAAUUCAAUGAUAAAAGUAAAAUUAAUUUAAUUCUUUUUUUCAAUUUAUUUUAAAAAGAAUAAUUAUGAUUAUUAAAAUAAAAUAAUAUCAAAUAAUCUUUAAAAAAUAACGAAACUAUUUCAUUAUCCUCAUAUAAGGUAAACCUUAUGUUUUCCUUCAAAAAAGCUCUUAAUGUAUGAUUGUGGAAAAUUAAAUUCUAUGGUAUAAUUGUUAAAAAAGUUAAAGUAAAAAGGGGAUAAAGUUUUAAUAUUUACACAAAUGUCAAAAAUGCUUGAUAUAUUUGAAAAUGUUUUAAAUUUAUUCAAUUUUACAUAUGUAAGAUUAGAUGGUUCAACAAAAAUAGAAAAUAGAUAAAAGGUCGUGGAAAGAUUUAAUGGAGAUCCUAAAAUUUUCUGUUUUAUAUCAUCAACUAGAAGUGGAGGAAUAGGAAUAAAUUUAACAGGUGCAAACGCUGUAGUAUUUUAUGACACUGAUUGGAAUCCUGCUAUGGAUAAAUAAGCACAAGAUAGAUGCCAUAGAAUAGGAUAAACAAGGAAUGUAAGCAUUUAUAGGUUAAUAUCUGAAUAUACAAUUGAAGAGAAUAUUCUGUUGAAAAGUUUACAAAAGAGAAAGCUAGAUGAGUACAUAAUGGAAGAAGGAAUGUUUACAACAUAAUUUUUUGAAAAAUUUGAUGUAAGAAGUAUUUUAGGAGAAGUUUUAGGAAAUAAAAAUAAUCAAGAUUAUAAUGAAGAUGAUUGUGAUUGUGAUUAUAGUGAAGAAUUUGAAGAAGAUGAAGAAAAAAUGGAUGAAGAAGUAAAAUUAGAUGAACAAGAAAGAUUAGAUGAUGGCGAAAAGAUUUUACAAAAUUAGAUUAGCUUAGAUUAACCAAACGAAAGUAAGCUCAAAAUUAAAAAAGUUUAGUUUAUUGAAAUAAAUGAUGUUAAAAAUUUGAAAUUAAAUGAAAAUAAUUAUUAAGAAGAUGAAAAUUCUAAUAAUUCAAAUAAUAAUAACAUAAAUAAUGAAAAUAAUAAUAAUCAAAAUGGCGAUGAUGAUGAUGAUGAUGAUGAUGAUGAUAAUGAAUCUUAAUUUAAAUUUGAUGAAAAUGAUAAAUUAAACGCAUAAAGACUAUAUAAAAAAUAUUAUUUCUUAGCAUAGAAAACCUAAUAAUCUUGA